UACGACGCGCUUUCGUACGCUUGGGGAACUGCGUCGCCUUCUGCCAAAUGUAUUUGCGACGGCAAUAAGAUACUCUUACGUGAUAAUCUCGACUCUGCACUCAAAUACCUUCGAAAGCCACAAGAUACGCGAUAUGUUUGGAUCGACUACCUUUGCAUCAACCAGGACGAUCUAGUCGAGAAAGCUGCUCAGAUACCUUGGAUGAAAAAUAUCUUUUCCAAAGCGAGUACAGUGAUUGUG